AUGACGUACGUUUAUGUCAUUUUCGCUCUUCUCGUUGGCUGCUCAUUGGGUCAAGAGUUGAUAUUCGAGGACAAUUUCGAUAAACUUGAUAUGUCAGCUUGGCAGCAUGAAAUCACCGCUGGGGGCGGUGGUAAUUGGGAGUUCCAGUAUUACACCAAUAAUCGUUCCAAUAGUUACGUACGUGAUGGAAUCCUAUAUAUAAGACCGACCCUGACAACUGAAACAUAUGGUGAUGAUUUUUUAUGGACUGGUAAACUGGAAAUCUGGGGGGCAUCACCGGCUGAUCUCUGCACCGGCAAUGCUUGGUAUGGAUGUGAACGAAUCGGAAAUGCAAAUGAGUACAUUAAUCCUAUCCAAUCAGCUCGACUCAGAUCCGUGUUUAGUAUGAAUUUGAAAUAUGGACGAGUUGAGGUGCGCGCUAAGAUGCCCACAGGUGAUUGGCUAUGGCCAGCUAUAUGGAUGCUACCCGCCAGAAAUCCAUAUGGUGGUUGGCCAGCAUCUGGAGAAAUGGACAUCGUCGAGUCACGUGGAAACGAAAACUACAAAGAUAGCGCCGGCAAUUCUAUCGGAGUGGACCAGAUGGGUUCUACAAUGCACUGGGGUCCAUACUGGCCAAUCAAUGGCGCACACAUGACACAUGCCACAAGGUUUUUCCUGGAUGAUGAAGAAAUCCUUCAUGUAGACCCAGGCGAAGGAGGUUUCUGGGAAUACGGGGAGUUUGAAGAAAGUUUGCCGGAAUCGGAUAAUCCAUGGUUAGAAGGAGACAAGAUGGCGCCUUUCGAUCAAGAGUUUUACAUAAUUAUGAACGUUGCUGUUGGGGGUACAACCGGAUACUGGGACGAUUCAUAUGUUAACUCCCCGUGCGGCAAACCAUGGAGUGAUUCGUCGAAUUACGCCCCAAAGGAAUUCUGGUCAGCUAAGGACUGUUGGUAUCCAACAUGGCGUGCAGAUGAAAACAACGGGGAGUACGCUGCGUUGCAGGUCGACUAUGUUCGUGUGUGGAAAUACUUGUAAACAAUUGAUUUAAAUUAAAAAUCGAUGUCACGGUAUCGUCGCCAAUCGUAGGCGUACCCGUGCUUCGACAACUUCCAGUUCUUGUUCUUUGUUGAUUUUUCCACAUUAAAUAAAUAUAGUCAUAUAAGGAACAUGGAAACGACUUUAUUAAUUAUCACAUAUUUUUUUGAAA